AGGAACGGAAGUAGAACCCGGAAAUCGACGGCGACGAAGAGAACACUCGAAUGAUGGCUGACGUGCAAAGAAGACCGGGAAGGCCGCUACCUCCGCCGGGGAGGGGUCCACCACCGCCUCCGGCUGCAAAGCCUGCAAUACCACGCCUUGAACCUGUUGACCGGGAGAAGACCUGUCCCUUGUUGCUUAGAGUUUUCACCAAGGUUGGAGGGCAUCACACUGAUGAUGAUUUUGCAGUGAGAGGCAAAGAACCCAAAGAUGAGGUCCAAAUUUAUACAUGGAUGGAUGCUACAUUGCGUGAAUUAACUGAUCUGGUCAAAGAGGUAGCUCCCGAAGCAAGAAGAAGAGAUGCCAUCCUGUCCUUUGCUUUUGUCUAUCCUGAUAAGCGCGGGAGAUUUGUGGUCAGAGAGGUGGGGCGAACUUUUUCUUAUCCGAACGGGAGGCGCCCUGACAGUGGAAGCAAAGCCUUGGGUGAACUCAGCUUUCAGAUCGGUGAUUACUUGGAUGUUGCCAUUCUUACCCAGUAAUCCAGCAGGGGGUUUGUGUAUUCGCAGCAUACAACAUUUUAGCGACGGAGCCAACGUGUCUUCAGUUGUGCCAAAUUUGUGCUUGUGGAAGUUGCUAUGUAGGAUUUACUGAAACAUUGGCCAGUGCUUGUACUGAAUAUUAGUCGUGUAUUUUUAUUUUCUGUUUUUGCAUUGUGUUCUUAGAAGCAUUUUGCUGGUUGAACCAUAUUGCCUAGAACUUGAAUAUUAUGAAAUUUAAAAAAACAUUUCAUUUAGAA